CCAUUUUGAAGAGACGGGGGAGCGGGGGGCUCGUCUGAUCCAGGGGCCCUGAACCAAGGAGCGGCGGAGUUUGAGAAGCCAGCAUCUCGGGGUUCGGCGGCAGCGGCCCCAUCGGCCGAAGUUCGGGGGGGGGGGGGCGCCGAGCGCGGGGGGGGGGGGGGGUCCUGGUCUUUGGCUUCUCGACUCGGUCCUGUUUCGACAGCGAACAUGUCUCGGCCUGUCAGAAACAGGAAGGUUGUUGAUUACUCACAGUUUCAGGAAUCUGAUGAUGCAGAUGAAGAUUAUGGAAGAGAUUCAGGUCCUCCUGCUAAGAAAAUUCGAUCAUCUCCUCGAGAAGCUAAAAAUAAGAGGCGAUCUGGAAAGAAUUCACAGGAAGAUAGUGAGGACUCAGAAGAAAAAGAUGUGAAGACCAAGAAGGAUGAUUCUCACUCUGCAGAGGACAGUGAAGAUGAAAAAGAUGAUCAUAAAAAUGUACGUCAGCAAAGGCAGGCAGCAUCUAAAGCAGCUUCUAAACAGAGAGAGAUGCUCAUGGAAGAUGUGGGCAGCGAAGAAGAACAAGAAGAAGAAGAUGAGGCACCAUUCCAGGAGAAAGAUUCAGGCAGUGACGAAGAUUUCCUAAUGGAAGACGAUGAUGAUAGUGACUACGGCAGUUCAAAAAAGAAAAAUAAAAAGAUGGUUAAGAAGUCCAAACCUGAGAGAAAAGAAAAGAAAAUGCCCAAACCCAGACUAAAGGCUACAGUGACGCCAAGUCCAGUGAAAGGCAAAGGGAAAGUGGGUCGCCCCACAGCUUCAAAGGCCUCAAAGGAAAAGACUCCUUCUCCCAAAGAAGAAGACGAAGAACCAGAGAGCCCUCCUGAAAAGAAGACGUCUGCAAGCCCCCCACCUGAGAAAUCUGGGGAUGAAGGGUCUGAAGAUGAAGCCCAGUCUGGGGAGGAUUAAAAGUGAUAAUGGUUUGGGGAGAGAUUUUAUUAAAAAAAGAAAAAAGAAAAAAAGAGGGGGAAAAAAAGAGAACCUACUUAAGAUAGAACAUGGUUUUGGCUAUGGCUUGACUCAUGGGCUUUCAGUGCUUUUUUCCAUUUGUUGAAAAUAACAUUCUCUCUCUCUUUUUUAAGAAAACCAUUGUAUGUUGAAGUGUUUAAGUUACCUUUUGUCUAUUGGGCUUCUCUAUGCCACCACCUCCCUUUCCCAAUGAAAGCCAUGUCAACUUAAUCACUGGAUUGACUGCUUCAUCUUUUUAUUUUUAAUGGAAGGUGUACCACAGUUGUAAAGCAAUAAGAUUUGAGAUGAACACUUUGGAAACUUUGCUUUUUGCUAAACAAUAGCAAGUUAAACAGUAAUCAAAAACAUAGAGAGGUUUUAGUUAAAAAUGAUUGCUUCUUUCUCUGCCUGGACUUUUUUAAAAAAUCAGUUGUCAUCUAAUAUGAGUUUAUAUGUCUAUAUGCAUAAGUAUAAAUGUCUAAAAAAAUCAUGACUCUAAACUUCCACUGAUGAGGCAGGUAGGAUAUAAAGAUGAAUUCUGAAUUGUUACUAAAAGUACUCAUAUUUUUUACCUGGGUGGGGGUUGGGGAUUGGGUUUACCUGACCUUAUUUGGGGGUGUGGGUUUUCCUUUUUUAUCUCAUCACUUAUUAUCUCAAAGAGACUCGGAGCCAGUGAUCCUUUUAUCCUGCUACAGUCUUUAAGGAACUGAAAAAAAAAAAAAAAAAAAAAACAAGAGCCGCCAAAACUGAAAUCACUCUUGAUUUCACAUUUCAUUCUCUAAUGGUUCAUGUUUUAAAAAUAUAUAUGUAUCCUGUUUUUUGGAUAAAAUUUUACCAAGGAUCAAAAAAAGAAAAUAGACACCCUAGAAUUUGAAUGGUAAGAUGAAUCUACACAUCACAGGGGGUUUCUUCUCAAACUGACAAUGUUUUAGGUUUUAAGCAAAUAAAGUUCCAGUUAAUGUGAAACUCGGUCACAGAGAAUUGAGGUAUUUCCUUUAUGAAAACAGAGAAUUGAAAUUCUUUUUAUGCUAUAAAUGUACAUUCAGAUCCCAUGAACCAUGCAGUUAUUUGUUAUAGAACAUUUUCCUUUUUAUACCCCAAUCUUCCCGUUUCUUUGUAGAAAUAUGGUGUGAAGUACAUCUCUGCUUCCUGCUGCUACAUAGAACACCAUUGCGCCCCCUAUCCCCAGGCCUACCAGCUCACUAGGGGACACUUUUCCUAACUAUUCACUUACUGACAGGAUAGGAAGUAUGUUAAAUGCUGCUUCCAUACUAUUGAGUUGGCUUUUCUUGUCUUAGUUAGUCUGACCCCCUGCUUACUGCUCAUGUUUCUCAAAGCAAGAGACUGAGACUCAACAAGCCUAGAGAAAUCCUGCAUUUAGGAGGCCUGUGUGCCAUUGGUAAACAGACAUUUUACAUGCCUUAGGAAAGUAGUUAGGAAAUAGAUUUGCAAGUUUGAUCCUCCAUAUGCUGAUACCAUGAACUAAAAGGAGCAAAGGUUAGGGAGGGAUCCUGGUAUAAUAAUAAAUUGAAAAUAUGGUGAAAUUUAAUUUCUGCAUUUUUCCUGCUUUUUAAUUGAGAUUUGCUUCCUCAAUAUCUUCCUCUUGUUGUUUUCUUUCUGUCUUUUAAGUGACGACAGCAUGUAUUUCUCAGACAAUAUAGCUUUCUUGCAGGUGUUCCUAGGACAAGGGUUAUUUAAGGAAUUAUUUUUACUCUUAAUUAUGAAGACACUUUAAGGAACAUUCUUAACUUUGAUUUUUUAAAAACACCCAGAGUCAUUUCAUUGUUGCACUGUGUGUUAAAGAAUGAAUAAGGAGUUUUUAAUACAUGGCCAAAAAUUGCAGGACUUGAACAUAAAUAGCAGUUGGAUUUUUAUCUUACAUGAUGGUUAAAUUUAUGGUUGCAAACAUUGUAAUGAGGGUGUUAAGGAUUAUUUUCUGUACUUUAGUGAUUUUAUUCAGAUAUCCAUUUUUAACAAAAAAGGUUUGUGUUUGUAAGUAAAAGACCUAUCAGUGUUUCCACCAUGCACUUAUGUUGUUUGGGGGUUUUAAGUCUUACAUUCCUAGAAACAUCUGGGCUUUUCAAAGGUUUUGUUUUGUAAGGAUUGGGGAGGAUUUCUCUUUAAACUUUAGCCUCCCAUUUUGUGUGUGUGUGUGUAACUCUCUUUAAGACAUUACUCUGCACUAACAUCUCUGAUCGUGAUAUAUGCACAUACUUUAGAGAUAAUCGUGUAUUCUAGUUAACUUGUGUGCAUUUGAUUGGGCUUCUCUUUUAGGGUCCCUUUUAAAAAUAAUUAAGUUGAAAAAUAUGUUUUCUAUUUCUAAUAGGCUGGACAGAAGGAUCUGUGUCCCCAGGUGAGAUAGGCUCUGAAUUACCUUUGUUUUCUCCUCUUUUGAUGAUUUAAAACACUCUAGUCUUCCCCUCAAAUCAUGCAUGCAAAUGGGAGGACUGUUUUGGUGACUCAACUGGAAACAGGUGCCCAAUAGUCAGGCUUGAUAAUGUUGUCAGGAUGCGUUGUAGCUAUAAGCCAAUAGUGGCCAGCCAUUGGCACCUCCCUCGGCUGAACUUCUCUUUUUAUCUAGUGUGCCUAUGGUGAAGUGGCAAUAGCAUUCACUGUCUUAUUUUGCAGUGCUCAGGAAGUGGGACAUUAACUUUGAAGGUGCUUGUUUAUGUUAUCUGAAUUCUCUUAGUUAGCUGUGCUAGGUUUACCUCUGUAACAGAUUUCGGCAGCUAUGCUGACUGACACUACAUUCUAGUUGUUAAGGUUCUUUUUUUCCAGCCUCCCCUCCCCUAACUAGAAAUGGGUAGCUUCCCUCUUACUCAUUGGUAACUUGCUGCUGCUUUUAGCCCUCGUCACCUCAGAUUGGAAUCAGAGGAGUGGGCCCAAAGGAUAAAUAUUAAUCUCAGUAAUGGUAGAUUUGUCCUACUUUCUAAAACAUUUCUCCCUUUCAUAUUUCCCCUCCAUAUUGAUUCUAUAAAGGAAAAUUAAUGGGUGAUUCCUUCUUUAGGGAGGUAAUGAGUGGAAAUCUUUUGAUCUGGAAGAAUAGUAAUUGAGUUUUCUUGAAGAAGUUUUGAUAGUGGGUUGUGGGUUUUUUUUUUUUUUCGUUUGUUUUGUUUUUGUUUCCCCACAAUAACUGGUUUGCCCCAGUUCAGUCCUCAAAUUCAAUACUUAUUCUUUGUAAGUUCAAGCAUUGUCUUACAGAUAACAAAUCAAAAAUGGAAUUUGGGGUUAUAUUCUAGUAGUUUUUUGGUAACUUGUGAAUAUGGUCAGCUAAACUGAACUUGAGUCACUUUUUUUUAAUAGUUCUUUUUAUGUCUGUGAACAUUCAAGUAACAAGUGGAUUUUCGAAUACUGGUUGGGGAAGGGAAUAAUGCUUUUCUUUAAACAAACUUCAUUGUAAGAGCUGUUUUAAGGGUUAGAAAGGCAAGAGCAGACUUUAAUAGUAGGAGUAACUGGGAAAGCUUUAUAAAAGACCGUGAGGCCCUUGUUGCUGUUUGGAGUGUCAGUCUUUAUUUGGCUGCAUCCCCAGUAGCUAAACAGAAAAAACUCACCUAGGGAAUUUGGAAAGGAAGAAAACCGGGCUGUGGUCUUUAUGGCAUUCAAGCUGAAAGACUUAGAACAAGUAGUACAUACACAUUUCCUGCCAAAGGGUAGGGAAAAUAAGCUGGUUGCUCUUGAGGGUAGAAAUCUGUUCCUUUCUCUGUGGAUGAAGCUGAGUUUACUUGGACAGUUGGUUUUUUGUUUAAAUAUUGGGACAUCAAGCUGUCUAGCUGAGUUUCAUUCUCAACUCAUUUCCCUUUUUCUUAGACAAACUCAAUAUGAUUCUUUUUAAAUAUCAAAUCUAUAAGUUAUACUUUUAUUCAAAGCCUAAUUGAUAAAAUUCACAGUGGUGCUGACUAAUAACCACUAUUGGGAAAAAUCCCAUAUACCUGCCCGUUGCCAUGCCAAUGGAGUGACUGACUGGUGACAUCUGUAUGAGCAUGCCUUGUGUGGCUGGGAGAAUGCCACCGGUUGUGCAGACACUUUGUACAUCAGGGGUGAGGGAGGGUUUUCUAGAUUAUGGGGGGGAGGGUAAAAUUGGAGUUUUUGUUGUUGUUCCUUUUUAUUAUUUUUUGAUGGGGUGUGGGGGUGUAGUACUCAGCUUAUGCCCUAAAAUAACGUGUAUAAAAACCCCUGAAGUAUCGUGUGGGUGUGCGUGUGAGUGUGUGUUUGUGUACGUCUGGCAGUUAAACCUUUGUCUUCUGGAAAUUAGUGAAUUCUUUUCUUUUUUUCCUCCAGAAGUAUUUGUUACAAGAUUUGUAAAUAAGAGCUCUACUUAGUUUGUUUACCAUGAACGUGUUGCAGCAAACCUUACACACCUAAUCCUGUAAGACUUCAGGAAAGACAGACUUGCCAGGUUAAGCAGCAGCCAAGUUCUUAGUAAUUGUUUGCUUUGAUUCAUCUUUUAGACUUCAUUUUGCCAGCUCUAAAAUUCCCAGUCUUCCUUGAUUUUAGUCCUUAAUCGUUUAUGUUCUGAGCAGGAAGGGUAAAAGAAAGGAACCUGCUUAAAUGUAUUAAUUAGUCCAUGGGCUGUGACCCUUUCUUCAUAUUGCAGUGUGGCUAGAUACAUGAUCUGACACCAGAAGGUUGGGCAUUCUUGCAAUACCUUAACAGUGCUGAAAUCUGCAGCAUGGUACUAAGGAAGUUAAAGUUUGAAUGUAACCACUUUAUUUAAAAGUUUUUUUUUCUUUAAUUUAAAUGAAAUGGGGUUGAAGUGAACAUGAUUUUGUUGACCAUGUUCGUGGCUUAUAGAUGCAACAUGCAUUGGUAGAAUCGUGUGAUGGUCUUUUGUGAUACUUAAUUUUUACAUAUCCCAGUCUCUGUAUGUAUCUGCAUAGACAAAGAAAAAACAAACUCCGCUUUGCUUUUAUUGAAGGGUUUCCAGGACUGCGUGUCUGCUCCUGAGCUUUGUUUUAAGUAUGUGUAUCCUUUGCUUGUAUUUUGUAUUAAAAAAAAUAAGAAAAAGAACCCCUUAUUGUUGAGCAUGUUGGCAUUGUCCCCUUUAUUUUUUUUUUUUUUCCUCUUUUGGGGACAUGCGAAGCAAGUUAACUCUUUUUCUGUAUCUUUUUUUUUUUCUUUUGUAAACUUUUUUUUGUUUUGUUUAAAAAUGGCUUUAUAAAAGGGCUUUUAUAACCCA